AUGUUACAACUUUUACAACAGAUGGAACGCAUGAACGAACGUGUUGGUUUGAUUGUCGAUGACUUAGAGGCAGUCAAGUUGAAACAAGAGAAAUUGGACAAAACGGCUAAGACUCAGAUGAUGAAUGACGCUAUUGGACAAAGUACUGAAGCUGAAGGUAUUAAUACCUUUCAGGAUGCUGCUGAAAUGCCUGUGAUGAACUUGAACCCGGAAUUGUCCACUUCUAGAGAAAUGUUGGGAUUGGACCACACGGUCGAUAUCACUGCAAACACCUACCAAACGGAAAUCCAGAAGUGGAAAUCAUACGAACUGAACAUGGAUGACAUAUUGGAGUGCCCACUCAUCAAGCACCCUAACAAAAAUGCGGAAAUGGCCGCCUUAAAAUACCUCAAUACUAUUCGAUUUAAGGAGAAUAAGUCUAACUAUGAGAAGGAAGUUCUUGCCUACAAUAGAAGCGAGAAAUUACCCAAGUACGAUAGUAUUAACUCCUUCGGCGACUUGGCCAUUUAUUUAAAUUUGGUUCUUGACUUGAAAGUUAAGUAUAUCAUUCCAGAUUAUAAUUUACGUACCCACAUUAAGGCUGCGUGUAAUAAGGUAGAUGAUGAGGAUUUCAAGAAGAUGGUUAACUAUUUGAUCAAACCUACGAAACAGGCCUCGAGUCCAAUUAGAUACAAUACCAUCUUAAGAAGUAUCCAAAUGAAACUUCCUCGUACUGAUAAGAGUGACUUAGUCAGUACAAUUAAACGUACUAUUGAAUCCAUGGAAGAUGCUACUAUUAUUUUAGAAACUAUCACAGUUCAACUUGAUGAAUAUAAUGAAAAAGAGGAUCUGAGAGAUAUCUCCGUGGGAGACUGGAUUCGCAUUUGGAAAAGCAUUGCUUAUGCAAUGCCUGAUGACUACAAGGAAGUUUAUAUGAAUAUGGUAGACAUACGCCUGGCAAACGCAUUAAGAAAAAUUGGUAAUCGUAAUAACACUAUUACGGACUUAGAAGAUCAUACUCAAUAUAAUUACAAUGAGUUGUGGAAGGGGUUCAAAAAUACUCUUUACGAAUUAGCCCCACUCACGAGUUUUCAAGCUAUCGCUAAAAAGAAGAAUGAUAUCUCCCAAAACCAAAGAAUGGUAUUCAAAAGUGAAGGUAGACUUCAUAAUUUCAAGAUGUUUAAUGACGAAGUAGUGAUUCAGGACAAUGAAUAUGAGAUAAAAGAAACUAUAAGAGACUUAUUAAAAGAACCGUUAUCUCAAUCGAUGCUCACUGAUAAGCAGAAAGAUUAUUUUAUUGAAAAAUUGCAAGACAUUAAAGAUGUAUUCCAAACGCCUACAGGUGAACCAGGAAGAUUGAAGCAUUUCCCACCGGUCCGUAUACAUGCUAAUGAUCAUGAACCGUGGAGACUAAAAACUAUUCCCCUUGGGGAGAAGAAGUCAAUUGCUGUGGAUAUCUUAGAGAAGAUGAUAGCAGAAGAUCAACUUGAAUUUGCUCCAACUUCAGCAUAUAGAAACCCAUGGUUUUUAUUACGUAAACCAUCUGGUGGUUUCAGAUUCUUAAUAGACCUACGGGUCCUCAAUAGUUUCGUUGAAUUAGAGGCAGGUCAUCCUAAAGAUGUCAGAGAAAUUAUUCGGAAUAUUAGUGGCAAAAAAUAUUUAACUACACUUGAUAUUUCGAAUGCUUAUUUUCAAUUGGAACUUGACGAACGUGAUCGUGACAUCACCGCGUUUGUAACACCAAUCGGAGUGCUAAGAUUUAAGGUGAUGCCACAAGGUUUUAAGAAUAGUGUUAGUUAUUUUACUAAUGUGCUUACUAAAAUUUUAAGAAGUGUCUCAAAAUUCACUGAAUCAUUCUUAGAUGAUAUUGCAAUAUUAGGUCCUGAUGCUUCUCAAGAUUCAGAUGACGAUACAGAUAUGAUACGACAUUUAGAUGAUGUUGUUGCCACUUUGCUGCUUCUACAUGAACAUGGAUUAAAAAUUAAUGCUGCAAAACUUCAAAUAGCUAUGAAAGAAGCUGAUUUCUUAGGCUAUCGGGUAAACGAGCAGGGAGCUACAUUAUUACGAAAGAGAGUUUCUGCUUUUGAAGAAUUCCCUAUUCCUAAUACAUUAACAAAAUUGGAGAGAUUUUUGGGAAUGACAAAUUACUAUCGCCACUUGAUCCCAGCUUACAGCGAGAUUGCAUCUCCGUUGCAUAAAUUGGUCACGGCGACAAGAAAGGAACAAAAGAAAUCUCUUACAUUAAAUGAGAAAGAACUCAAACAUUUUGAAUAUUUAAAAAAGUGCUUGGUACUGGAACCUGUCGUGACAUCCUUGAAUAAAGAAGAUGAGGUUAUGCUCUUCACAGAUGCCAGCUCCUUGAGUUGGGCUGGCGUCCUCGAAUCUAAAAACACUGAUGGAAAUGUGGUUGUGGUUGAUUGUGUUUCGGGAUCCUUUAAUACUACCCAAGGGAAUUAUACUAUAUAUGAAAAGGAACUUGCUGCUAUAUGCUUUUCGUUAGAAAAACUUGAAAUGCAUCUAUUAAAUUAUGACAAAGUCAUAAAAAUCUACUGCGAUAACAAAGCGGUAGUAACCCUCUUGAAUGGUAGUUUCACUAACGGUCACCUGAUGAAUAGAGUGGCCAAAUGGCUACUGUUUUUACGAAACUAUAACAUUGAAAUUGCCCAUAUCGAUGGUAAAUCCAAUAUAGUUGCAGAUUGUCUAUCGAGAAUCGAAGACCCUACAUCUACACCCAUACUACCUUUAAAUUUAACAGAAGAUAUGGACUAUUUGAAGUCCAAAAUGGAAAUUAAGACGAAUUUUGCACAAAUUACUGAUGACGAUCCCAAGUAUGGACGCUUCAGUCUACAGGGAAUACAAAAUUAUUUAACUACAGUUCAAAUUCCCCAAAUUUACAACACUAACAACAAAAUACGGAAAGGAUUCCUUUCUAAAGCACAAGAAUUUUACCUCGACGAUGGAAAAUUGUACAAACGUGGAGCUAAAGGACAUUUUGCCCGCCAAGUUAUCAUGGACAAGUCCGAAUUAGAGCGUAUUUUACGCAUGACACAUGAAGAAAGGGGUCAUAUGAAACUCCAGAACUUAUUCAACUACUUGAAUUUAUUAUUCUUUAUUCCGAAUUUAUACAAAAUCUUACAAGAUUACAUUGCUAGUUGCCAUACAUGUCAGACAUUUGAUGGACAUAGUAUAGGCCGAGAUCCGUUAUAUAUCAACCUUCCCGGAGGUCUUUUUGAUAAAAUUGUUUGCGAUUCUGUUUUUAUUGACGAUUGUUGGUUAGUUAUCGCCCGGGACGAGUUUUCAAACUGGGCGGAGGCAACCGUUAUGCCUACUUUGGAUGGCUCCAAAGUUGCUGAUUUUAUUUACAAGGACAUAAUAUGCCGUUUUGGACAAUUCAGAAUCCUAAAAUCAGAUAACGGUUCUGAAUGGAAAAAUCAAUUCAUGAAGAGAUUGUUAGACCACUAUAAUAUUCAACUGGGAUUCCUGAUACAACACCACCCACAAGGUAAUGGUCUAGUGGAAAGAAAUCAUGUCGGAUUGGUAAACUUUUUAAAGAAAUUACCAAAGCAUUUGAAUUGGCAAGACUACGUUGAUGCUGCUUUGAGAGUUGAUCGGAAUACAAUCAAAUCGACCACAGGUAUGAGCCCGCACUAUCUAGUGUACGGUUACUGUGGUCAUUCCGACCUCUCUUUGUUAUAUGCUAAUCCUCCAGAGAAUAAAAAUUACACUAAGGAAGACCUAUUCAAGUUCAGGUUUAAACAACUCCAAUAUCGUGAAGUCCAAUAUAAUUCUGCUUAUAAAACAACGGAAAUCCAACGAUUGAGAACUAAAGCAUAUUUCGAUGCCAAAUUUGAAAUUGAUACACCUGUUGAAAUAGGUGAUAUGGUUCUCAUCUGGGACCGACCACAUAAAAAUCCAAUGGGUGCUAAGAUGAAGAAAAUGCAACCCAAAUGGUCCGGACCUUUCAAGGUGAAGUCAAAAGGUGAUCGAAUAUACAGACUUGAAGAUUUAGAUGGAACAGAAUUAUCGAGACCAUUUGCAAGAGAGAUGAUGAAGUUGUAUAUCAAAAGGAAGUAA